AUGCCGCCUAAGUUCGAUCCAAACGAAAUUAAAAUCGUUAACUUGAGAUGUGUUGGCGGAGAAGUUGGUGCUACCUCGUCGUUGGCUCCUAAAAUUGGUCCUCUUGGUCUCGUGAGUUUAUUUUCUUGUCUAUAUCAUAACCUUACAAAGUUUUGCGUGGCGGUCAGUUGUGUUUAUCACAUAUUUUUGGUAACAAGACAAAAGGAAUUCAUAGUAAAUGAAAUAUCAGUUAAUGCCAUGUAA